UAGCCUACAGCAGGUUACGGUGACUCAUUCGUGAUGCUUGAAAAUGAACUUGCCGCAUGGGUACGAUUUCAGGGUGAAAACCGUGGCCAGACCAGUUUUAGUUGGUGUUCGAUUCGUUGGCUCUUCGUGUGUCAGGUGUAUUUUCCCCUUCGUCAGGCACAGACGCUAAUCCGGAGGCCUGCUCUCGCGGAUGUCCUUUGUGCUGUGUGACCAGUGGAACUUACCGCUUCGGUACAGUGGUUUGUCAAUGCUGUUCAGUGAAUAAAAAAAAUCAAAGAUUACUCUGCCGUUGUGUCAAGAAUCGUACGAUCAUUGUGUUAGUGUAAAAAUGUAAAAAAAAAUCGAUCUACGGUUUUGAUAGUUCGUUUGACGCACGAUUCAGAUUGUGUGAAGCAAGCGGGAGUGUGUUUUUUGUUGGUCUUUGUGAUAAUUUCGCCCGUGUAACAAAGCGCUCACAUGGAACAGUUCUAUUUCCGGGCACGUGCAAAAGUGCAUUAGCUAGUGUGGUGCAUCGUCUCAAGUGGUUCGCGCGUGUAUAUUUUUGUGUGUGUAUGUGCGUGUGUGUGCCAGCGUCGUGUACUCGUUGUGGAUGAGCGGUGGAAUCGCGCUCGAUCAAGCAGGAUGCCGGCAAGGUCCGAGCAUCGGCAGGGUAGAAAUGUGCGCCAUUUACCUUAUCCUACUCAUAUCCUUGCGAUGACGCACGACAAUCAUCUGUAAAUAUCGUCACAUCGUAACUACCGCGCCACCUGCAUUCAAUCAUCCAUCCUGGUGGUAGCAGCCCGGUGGACGGGUGGGGUACCAUUUUGCUUGCUGUCUAGCUUAGAACUAAAACCCUCCUCCUUCCCGGAAAAGGUUUCGGUGCUUAGUCGGUCCGUCUUGCCUUCGACUUUUCACCGGUUGGGCCUAUAACACAAUCGUAUCCAUGCGCUCAUUACGGUGCUAUCGCAGCAAAGUAAACAAAAAAAAACAAAAUCAACAAACACUCUCACAAAACCAUUUUAACAAAGUAUCAUAUCAUAAAGCGCGGACUUAGCGACGUACUUGCAUGCAGUGAGGCUCGGUUUCUUUACAAUCCGUUGUAAGGCAACGAUCCACCGGUGGGGGGAAAUCCCUACCGCCAACACGAGCAGCACAGGACGCGACCAACGAACGUUUUCGCGCGAAAACGCGGAAAGACGCCCACAUUGCAUUGACGCGCCCUCUAGCGCCCUCAGCACCAUCACCAUCAUCAUCCUGUGAGUGUAACGCGCGCGCGUGACGUGGCCAUUUUUGCCCAUCUAAUACUCCGCCAUUUGUGACGUACGGCCUUCCCUCCGACUGCAACUGUUUGGGAAAAUGCUUAAACAUAAGAGGAAUGCAAAACCGAUACAAGGAAAACUAGGAUGGGGUUUGCGGAAGAUCUGCUUAGGAUUGAUAAAUAUCACCGUGCCAAGGCGCACCGCACGCAGCUGGAUCGAGGCAAAUUUUCAAAAGCGGGAAUGUAUAAAAUUUGUACCAAGCCCUAGAAAUGAGGAUAUAUGCUGCUGUGGUCAGGAACGGCGAACCCAUCAGGUUUUGGCCGGCUACGAGGCGGGCGUACCGACCGACAGUUGGCAGGCGUCGAAAAACACCCGAGCUCAGCCGACCGAUGCGUACGGGACGAUCGAGUUCCAGGGCGGUGCCCACCCAACGAAGGCACAGUACGUGCGCCUGUCGUACGACACCCGGCCGGAGCUGCUGGUGCAGCUGUUCACGCGCGAAUGGAAUCUCGAGCUGCCCAAGCUGCUCAUCACGGUGCAGGGCGGUAAGGCCAACUUCGAGCUACAGCCAAAGUUGAAAAAGGUGCUUCGGAAGGGGUUACUGAAGGCGGCCAAAACUACCGGCGCAUGGAUAUUUACCGGUGGCACCAACACGGGUGUAACGAAACAGGUCGGCGAUGCGCUACUGCUCGAGGGUCAGCAACGGUCCGGCCGGGUGGUAAGCAUCGGUAUCGCACCCUGGGGCAUCGUGGAACGUAAUCACGAGCUGCUCGGACACAACCGGGACGUUCCCUGCCACAGCAUCAGCUCGCCCAGGUCGAAGCUGGCCGUGCUGAACAACCGACACGCAUACUUCCUGCUCGUCGACAACGGCACCCAGGGCCGGUACGGGGCGGAACUAAUCCUGCGGAGAAAGCUGGAGAAAUACAUAUCGAACCAGAAGCUGCAACCCUACAAGAUGCUAUCAUCUUUAAUGAAUUUCCACUACAAAGUUACCCACUCGAGCACCCCCGUAGUAUGCUUGGUAAUUGAAGGUGGUACAAACACAAUCAGAGCUGUGCUAGAAUACGUCACCGAUAACCCACCGGUUCCGGUAGUAGUGUGUGAUGGGUCAGGCCGGGCAGCAGACUUAAUAGCGUUUGUACAUAAAUAUGCGACGGAUAAUGGAGAGCAGACGGUGCUGGAAUCGAUGCACGACUACGUGCUCGGUAUCAUACAGAAAACGUUCGAGGUCAGCACGGAGCAGGCGGAGCAACUGUUUCAGGAGUUACUGCAGUGCACUAAGAAUAAAAAUCUCAUCACGGUGUUCCGCAUACAGGACCGACCGGAGGGCAACACUCAGGAAUUGGACCAAACGAUUUUAACUGCACUUUUUAAAUCACAGCACCUUAGUCCACCUGAGCAGCUCAGCCUGGCGCUGACGUGGAACCGGGUCGACAUCGCCCGGUCGGAGAUAUUUGUGUACGGGCAGGAGUGGCCUCACGGUGCGCUGGACGAAGCGAUGAUGCAGGCGCUCGAGCACGAUCGGAUCGACUUUGUGAAGCUGCUGCUGGAGAACGGCGUCUCGAUGCGCAAGUUCCUCACGAUCCCAAGGUUGGAGGAGCUGUACAACACCAAGCACGGUCCGGCCAACACGCUCGGGUACAUUUUGCGCGACGUACGGCCCCACAUACCGAAGGGGUACGUGUACACGCUGCACGACAUUGGGCUGGUGAUCAACAAGCUGAUGGGUGGUGCGUACCGGUCGUAUUACACGCGGCGCAAGUUUCGCCCGAUCUACGCGAAGGUCAUGAACAGCUACGUCAACACGCACCGCAAACCGUCGACGUUUCAGCGUUCGGCGGGCAUUAACUCGAUGAGUCUGGUGACUGGACUGCUGCCGGUGACGACCGAUAUGGCGCUGUUUGAGCUGCCAUUUAACGAGCUGCUGAUCUGGGCCGUGCUGACCAAGCGGCAGCAGAUGGCGCUACUGAUGUGGACGCACGGGGAGGAAGCGCUGGCAAAGUCACUGGUGGCCUGUAAGCUGUACAAGGCGAUGGCACACGAGGCAGCGGACGACGAUCUGGACACGGAGAUCUACGAGGAGCUGCGCAGCUACGCGAAGGAGUUUGAGAGCAAAGGACUGAAGCUGCUGGAUUUCUGCUACCGGCAGGAUGCGGAACGGGCCCAGCGGCUGCUGACGUGCGAGCUGCAGUCCUGGUCGAGCCAGAGCUGCCUGUCGCUGGCGGUGGCCGCCAACCAUCGUGCCAUCCUGGCGCACCCGUGCAGUCAGAUCAUCCUGGCGGACCUGUGGAUGGGUGGUUUGCGCACGCGCAAGAACACCAACCUGAAGGUUAUCUGUGGACUGCUCUGUCCACCAUUUGUACGCAAGCUGGACUUCAAAUCGAAGGAGGAACUGCAGCAGAUGCCUCAAACCGAGGAGGAACACUUGGAAAACCAGUAUCUUGAUUACGAGGAUCGCGAAAAGAAGGACACCGAUGCGGAGAAAGCUCUUGCAAACUCUACCCAAAGCACAAACCCCGCUGGUGAAAGUGCAGCGCCAACACCGCAGGCGCUUCUGUCCGAUACGUACUCAAUGAAAGAUACCAAAGUGCAGGAAAAUGGAAAAGUAGGCCUGACCGGAUGCUUGAGCUCAAAAGUUUCCCUAACGGACUCGGAAAACACGCAGUACAAGGACUAUCUGUUCGACAGCGAUGGGCGGCAGCAGCGACCGCUGAAGCUGAAAAAGAAGUUCUACGAGUUUUACACCGCACCCAUCACCAAGUUUUGGGCCGAUUCGAUGGCGUACGUGUUUUUUCUCGUCCUGUUUACGUACACCGUGCUGGUGCGGAUGGAGGAGUCACCGAGCUGGCAGGAGUGGUACGCCAUCUCCUACAUCGCCACACUGGGCUGUGAGAAGAUACGGGAGAUCGUGUCAUCCGAACCGGUGGCAAUACCGCACAAGUUUUCCGUGUGGGCCUGGAACAUGUGGAACCCGUGCGAUGCCGCUGCCAUCAUAUUUUUCCUCAUCGGGCUCGGGCUGCGGUUGCGGCCGUACACGAUGGACAUCGGUCGGGUGAUAUAUUGCGUGGACAGCAUCUACUGGUAUUUGCGGAUAUUGAACAUUCUAGGUGUAAACAAAUAUUUGGGACCACUGGUGACGAUGAUGGGCAAGAUGGUGAAGAACAUGAUUUACUUCGUGGUGCUGUUGCUGGUGGUGUUGAUGAGCUUUGGUGUAAGCCGGCAGGCCAUCCUCUUCCCGAACAACGAUGCCAGCUGGCGGCUAGUGCGUGAUGUGUACUAUCAACCGUACUUCAUGCUGUACGGAGAGGUGUUUGCCGACGAUAUCGAUCCACCGUGCGGCGAAGACCCAUCACAGCCGCCCUGCGUAACCGGACACUGGGUGACGCCGAUCGCCAUGUCGAUGUAUCUGUUGAUAGCGAACAUUCUGCUCAUCAAUCUGCUGAUUGCCGUGUUCAACAACAUCUUCAUCGAGGUGAAUGCCGUCUCGCACCAGGUGUGGAUGUUCCAGCGCUUCACCGUGGUGAUGGAGUACCAGCAGAAGCCAGUGCUACCGCCACCGCUCAUCGCCCUGUGUCACUUCUACUCCCUGCUCCGGUACGCGAUCCGGAAGGCGAAGGGACUGCAAGAGUCGCGUGACAACGGGUUGAAGCUGUUCCUCGAAAAGGAAGACAUGGAGCGGCUGUACGACUUCGAGGAGGAGUGCGUGGAGGGAUACUUCCGCGAGCAGGAGAUACUGCUGCAGCAGUCGACGGAGGAGCGCAUCAAGAACACGGACGAGCGGGUCGACCAUAUGGCGCAGAAGAUCGAGGACAUCAACCAGAAGGAAAACAUCCAGAGUGCGGCCGUGCAGAACAUCGAGUUCCGGCUGCGGAAGGUGGAAGAGUCGGCCGAGCAGAUACUGAACCAUCUGGACGUGAUCCACCGGUUCAUGUCGGCCCACACGCUCAUGAACGAUACGCAGGGUUCGACGGGCAACGUGAGCGGGACGGUGCUACCGCCGGGCGGGCUGGCCGCGGGCAUGAUCAUGGACCAUCGGACGCGCACGAUCUCGGAGAGUGACAGCUACAUCCUGCCGCCAGCGCCGGCGGCAACGCAGCGCAAAAAGUUUAACCGCUCGCUGACGGAGGUACGCCCCGAUGCGUACAUCUUUGACGAUGGGAAGCAUCUGGAGGUGCGCACCGUGCUGGAGGAAAGUGAAGCGGAACGGUCGCCGGAUCAGCUCUCUCAACAUCUCGAGCGCGAUCGCAAAUUCUCCAUCCGCUCGGAGGACUCGGAAAUGUUCCCGGUCGGCAGCGCGCCCAAGAAUCUCUCGCCAAUCGAGGCGGUUGCAGCCACGGUCAAACCGUCCCCGCCGCCACCGUUUCUGAACGUCCGCCAGGAUACGGCCAGCACGGAAAGCAAGGACACACUGACGCCGCUGGAAGGGGCGGACGACCGGACGCUGGUCGGGGACGAAACGCUGGACGAUAUGGUGGAGCCGAACUACGAAGGCUUGCGGCAUCGGACGGCGGCCGGCAGACGGCGCAACUCGUCCAUGUGCGGUCCGGCACCGGCGGUGGCUGGUGGAGGACAGACGACUGGCGCUGGUCUGGCGGGCAGUGGCAGUGGUGGAGGAGGUAUCGGAGGACGACGAAACUCGGAGAGCGCAUCCGGUGGCGGGGUUGACAUCAACAAAUCGCAAACCAGCCUGUACCAGAUGGGUUUCUCCAAGCGACAGCACAGUAUUACCCAAUCGGAACCGGACAGUGGAAACGAUCAGCCCGUACAACGUACCGUUCCCAAGGGGCGUCAUCUACUGCUACAGAUACACACCGAGUACACCUCCAUCACAGAUGAGCUCGAGAGUGUUUGCCAUAUGAUAGCAUCGCCUACCAGUUCGUUGCGGGAGGACCGCACGAAGAAUGUAAACGAGCUAACGAACCCGGAGUUUGCCGCCCUGAUCGAGAAGCAGCACCUGAAGGAGUGCGAAGACAGCGACUACAUGAUGAUGGAAAGGCUGUUCCAGACGCGCUGCUCGCUCGAAGACAGCGACGAGUACUUCGACGAUACGGAGCCGGAAGAUCACGGGCCGCGCAAAAUGUUGCGCCGCGAAACCGCAAUCGAGCUACCAGUAACGCCCUCAAAAUCGAACAUCGUCUCGCUAGCGGACAGCAGCCUCGGGCACGAAGAUUUCGCAAUGAAGAACGAACGGCAGCCCGCCUCCAACCGGAACUCGUUGCGUGAUUCGAAAAAUUCCCCACUGUCCCUGUCCAGCCAGAACUCGCCGCGCAACUCGCAGUACAUGCAGUCCGCGUUCCUAAAUCCCACCGCGUGCGAUGGUGCUGGUGGAGGUGGCGGAGGUGCCACCAGCCGGCUGUACAAAAAGUCGUGCGAAAGCUUGCAGAAAAACUCCAGCACCGAUACGGAGUACUCGCUGCAGCCGUACCGGUUCAUCAAGCAAAGCUCGAACGAGACGAACAGCUCGUUCAACAUCGACAACUCGUCGAUCACGAACGAUCUGUCGAUCGAUGGCGAGACGAGCCUCAACUCAACCGUGAUCGAAAUGGUUUCAGGGCCGGCGAUCGCUGCGGUAGCGGCAGCAUCGGACGGUGAACGGGGCGGUUUCCAGACCAUACGCACCUCAUCGCUCGGCAGCGGCUCGGCGGCCGCCGACAGCCGGCCGGGACUGCUAAAAGGUAGCAAAGACAGGCAGGGAAGCAAAGAUGGUAGUGCUGGUUCCGUUCCGGACGGUUUGGAGCGGGCCGCCGUCGCGGUCAGCUCCGCACCGCCGGUGGUGAUGCCGAGCAAACCGCCACGGUCGGCACGCUUCACCGACAGCCUGACCGUGCUGGGACCAAAGAGUGUGCUGAGCCGGCUGAAGGAAAGUAGCUCCACCAGCACGGAGGAGGGACCGCGCGAUGCGGCAGCGCCGAUACCGUGCAUCAGCACGAACCUGGUGCAGGACGAGAUAGCGAAGCUGUCGUCCAACAUCAAGAGCAGCACGGACGAGGAUACCGAGCCGCCGUUCAAUGAAACCAUGUGCUGAUUUUAGCUGUACCCUCCGACAGAGGUAACUAGGUUAGCAUAAGGUUGCGUUUGUGGAAAUGCGAGGGAAAUUUAACUUCCCUACAAUACGCUUUGAAUGGGUGAUGGUGUGGCAAGGAUGAUAAUGGCCACGGUGGGAAUGUUGGAAGCGCAUGUACUUAUAUUGUGCAAAUUGCACACACUAAGUACUUUGAGUAAUCUCAAUACCAAAAGCGUCUAAUAUUACUGCGUACGGAGUGUAAGGGCGUUUUUUUCUUGUUACUCUUUGCCACCCAGAAGCUUGUUUCAUAUGUUGUUGUUUUUUUUAACAAUAGGAUUGGAAUUGCAACCGCUCGAACGAAAGGGAUGAGUUUGGAGUGUAUCUCAGCUAUUUUAACUCUAUAUAAGAACCUCAUCCUCCUCACCCGUUAAUGCAAUUGUGCAUAUCAAACCGUUCCGAACCUUACCUACCGAAAAAAGCACAGUCCCACAGUCAACAAUGUCGCACUUUUAGUCAAAUGUGAAUGAACUGUACCAUGUUCUGUAACCUCCGAAUUCGCAUCAUCGCAUUUGCACAACAGUGAGCGUAAUCUGAGCUCAUAAUAAUAAUAAAAAAACACCCUUAAUUUAUCCUGCACUACUGGAUUCUACUGAUAAGCUAGUACACGAUCGAACACGCGGCAUAGAUUGAGAUGUGUGUAAAUACAUUCUAAAACUUAAGUUUCGUGCAAGCUUUUUUGCACUUUUCUGAGACACUUGUCACUUCAUAAGCAUAAUCGUUUAAGGCAAUGGUGCUUGUUUAAAGUUUUAAAUGGACGUGUAUAACACGCCGACAAAACGGGAACUGCCAUAGAAUACGCAAACAGUGUUGCUUUGUAACCGGAUGAUCGUUUGUUUGAUCGAUUUGUUCCGCUUGCUCGACGCUGAAGACGCCGGAUUGUUGAAUAAUCAGGAUAAUCAGGUUUUGUUAUAUGUUUUCACAAACAAGCACCCUAAUCCACCAUGAGUGUAACGCAUACUAAGACCGAAAAGCCGAAAAGCUCUAAUAUUAUGUUUAGUUAAAGAUGUAUUGUAAAAUUGAAUUGGGUUUUAUUGCUGUUUGCUUUGCUGCGGACUUUUGCGGACUAAAACAUCCGCACUCUCAAAUCCUUUUCACAAUAAACAAGCACGAUUAAGAAUGCAACCACGCAACGUCCUACAUGAGUCGUAACUAAAAUGUGACAAUAUUAUUGAACGAAAUCAGUAUCAGAAGAAAAAAAAACUUAUUCGAAAAUGCGUGCGUGUUGAAACAAUAAAGCAGUUAAAUAAUAUUUGAAUAAAUGAGCAAACACACAGACACAUGAGAGAAAUGCAGUAAUCGAAAUAGUGUUGGAAUUUGUUGAUAAGAAAGAGAUAAAAAACAUACAAAGCAGGUUAGAAAGAUGAUAAAAAACGUAGAACAAAUAAAUCGUUACAAACAAUAAAUAGGGUUGUACUGGAAAAAAUGAGGAGUGAAUCAAACAAGAAAAAGAAAUCAUAAACGUUUACAAUCGGAUCGUAGGGUAGAGGUGGUGUACAACUCGCUCUGUUACAAGGAAAUGAAUUUUAAAAUAAAAAAAUGAUAUUGUUACGUUGUAUCCAGCCCUCAGACGGAGAACGAGUGAGGAAUGGAAACCGGGUUUUUGUUCGAUAACAAGUUUAGCUAGUAAGAACAUGUUUGAGAUCAAAAAGAGCGAUGCACUAUGAAAUGAACGAAGCACAACCACAUAGUACGAACGUUUUCCCGAAUAAAUUCAGUUGAAUUUCAUGGAAAAAAAAGCUCUGA